GACUUUCCCGUUUCUACUUUAACCCUGAGUGCAGACUUAAACAUGGCGAAAUUCAGUAGAGAAAGUCUUGAAUGCAUGGAAGACAUCUCUCCUAUUUCUACCGGUAACAACAAGUCGUAUAUUCCACUGUGGCACUCGCUCAAAAAAUGGCCGAGAAUCGUGGGAUACUGUCUGGCUCUGAGUUCUGCAAUCCUACUUUACGGAUAUGAUCUUGUCAUCGUGGGAACAGUGGCCGCGAUGCCUCAAUUUCAGCUAGUUUUCGGGAAAGAGCUUGACGGCAAAUACAUCAUACCAUCAAUGUGGCUCUCCCUUUGGAACGUCUCAAGUUGCAUCGGCUUGAUGAUUGGCUCUAUUCUCGGUGGUUAUUAUCAAGAUCGCCGUGGUCGUCGCUUGACUCUUGCGAUCGGUAGCUUCCUUUCGGCGAUUGCAAUUGCCAUCUGCUAUAUUUCCGAUCUGCCUGACGGCAUUGAAUCGCGUCGCGGUGUUUUCUUCGCGGGUAAACUUUUUCAAGGGAUAUGCAUUGGUAUUCUUCUCUGUGUCACGCAGACAUACAUGUCGGAAGUGCUUCCUGUUGUUCUCAGAGGGCCUAUCAUUGCGUUUUAUCCGAUUUUCACGCUUCUUGGCCAGCUUAUUGGGUCUAUCGUUGUCUAUACUUCAUUGAAGCACAAGGGCCCUGAAGCAUACCGUAUCUGUUUUGCAUCCCAGUGGCCGUUUUCGGCUGUGCCGCUUGUGUUGGCGAUUAUUUUGCCUGAGAGUCCGACGUGGCUUUUGAGAAAGGGUAGGACUGAGGCUGCUUUGACGGCACAGAGGAAGCUCGACACGGCAAGCAUUGACUCGCAGGCUGUUAUUCACGAGUUGCAGGCAUCUAUCCUGAUAGAGCAGGAAGAGAAGAAGACGCAUCGAUAUAUUGAUUGUUUUCAAGGAGUCAACGCUCGAAGGACGUGGAUUGUCGCUUUUGCAAAUCUGAUACCGCAAAUGUUUGGGCUGCAGCUAUUGGCCAAUGCUUCAUAUUUUAUGCAGGUCGUGGGUAUGAGCUCAACGAAUAGUUUGAUUUUCUUAAUCUUGGGAAUUGGGUUGGGGUUGAUUGCAAAUGUGGUCAGUCUGUGGACUUUGAAUGCCUUUGGCAGACGUUCUCUCAUUUUGGGGACUCUAGGCACUGCUAUGGUGUUGUGGCUAGCGAUGGGGAUUGCGGGAUGCUUUACCGGGACUGUGAUGAUCUGGUACACAUCCAUCACCAUGAUGGUCGUUACGAUGGUCUCCGGUCUGGGAUCAUGGCCCGCAGCUCAUGUUGUCGCAUCUGAGACAUCCUCACUUCAACUCCGAGCCAAAGCCCAAGGUAUUGGAUGGUUUACUUCGGGUGUUGGUACGGCUGUAUUCGCAAUUAUCUUGCCGUAUAUUUAUAAUUCCGAUGAAGGAAAUCUGCGCGCAAAGACUGGAUUCGUUAUGGCUGGUUUCGCUGCGGUCGGAAUCAUUAUUUCAUGGCUGUCUGUUCCAGAGAUGAAAGGUAGGACACCUAUGGAGAUCGAUCGCAUGUUUGCUUUGAGGCUCCCAACUCGCAAAUUCAAGUGUUGGGACAGCGAUGUGACUGUUGCGCAAGAGAUUGAGUCCAAUCGGUCGCCAAAAACCUAA